CGUUUGACCCGGAAAAACAUCAGAUUCCCGACAAGCAUGUAGCUACGAGCGCGCUACAUUUCCCACGCGAUUUGAAGUUGGUGUUUUACGUGACGUUUUUAGGGACUUUUGUCGACGUUUAUCCGUUUUUAUUGCGUAGCGGGGAAAGCAAUAGUCAAGAGAUGGGAGUCCCGGCGUUUUUCCGUUGGCUGAGCCGCAAAUAUCCUUCCAUUGUUGUACAUUGUGUGGAGGAGAAGGGUCGGGACUGCAAUGGAGUUCGCAUCCCCGUCGACACAACCAAGCCAAAUCCCAACGAUGUGGAGUUUGACAAUUUGUAUUUGGACAUGAACGGAAUCAUACACCCUUGUACACAUCCGGAAGACAAACCGGCGCCGAAAAACGAGGAUGAGAUGAUGGUGGCCAUCUUUGAAUACAUCGAUCGUCUGUUCAAUAUCGUGCGUCCCAGGAGACUUUUGUACAUGGCCAUCGACGGCGUGGCGCCUCGUGCCAAAAUGAACCAACAGCGCUCUCGCCGCUUCCGCGCUUCCAAAGAAGGCGUGGAGCUGACCGAAGAGAAGAGUCGCAUACGGGAGGAGGUCAUCCAGAAAGGAGGAUACCUGCCGCCUGAUGAGAUCAAGGAGAGGUUUGACAGCAACUGCAUCACGCCAGGGACAGAGUUCAUGGACAACCUGGCGCAGUGUCUUCGCUACUACGUCGCAGACCGACUCAGCAACAACCCGGGAUGGCGAAACCUCACGGUCAUCCUGUCUGACGCCAGCGUGCCCGGCGAAGGCGAGCACAAGAUCAUGGACUACAUCAGGAGACAGAGAGCUCAGCCCAACCACGACCCCAACACACAUCACUGCCUGUGCGGUGCUGACGCGGAUCUCAUUAUGCUGGGCUUGGCCACGCACGAGCCCAACUUCACCAUCAUCCGGGAGGAGUUCAAACCCAACCAGCCCCGCCCCUGCGCGCUCUGCAAUCAAAUGGGCCACGCAAUCAAAGAGUGUCAGGGUCUCGCCCGAGAAAAGCAAGGCCAGCACGAUGAAUUUGCAGGCAGCAUGCCGGUGUGUGAGCAAGAGUUCAUCUUCAUCCGGCUCUGCGUGCUGAGAGAGUAUCUCGUUCGAGACUUGACCAUGGCCAGUCUGCCCUUCCCGUAUGACUUUGAGAGGAGCGUCGACGACUGGGUGUUCAUGUGUUUCUUUGUCGGAAACGACUUCCUCCCUCACCUGCCUUCCUUGGAAAUCAGAGAGGGGGCGAUAGAUCGACUGGUGAGGAUCUACAAAGAAGUAGUGCACAAUACCGGAGGCUACCUGACCGAAAACGGCUACGUCAACCUUUCACGCGUGGAGCUGAUCAUGCGGGCCGUGGGCGUGGCCGAGGACAACAUCUUCCAGAAACGCAAAGACGACGAUGUGAUGUUUAGGAAGAGGAUGAGAGACAAACGACAACGGAUGAAGUGGGAGCGGCAAGGCCCCGCCUACAUGACAGAGGGCCAAUUCGCCCCCCACGCGCUGGGUAGAGGUCACAACCCGCACGCGGUGGACAACCCUCGCCAGCAAGCCUACGACAUGAGGAUGCGGUCCAAUCAGGAUGCCGCUCAGUCCCUGAAGGCCUCGAUGAAGAAUGGCGCAGGCGCCAAUUUUGCGGGCCCCAGCGACGACGCCAACAACAACAACAGAGGCAUGAAGAGAAAAGCGGACAGCGACGACGAGUCCGAGCCGGAAGACAACGUCAGGUUGUGGGAGAACGGCUGGAAGCAGCGCUACUACAAGACCAAGUUCGACGUGGACGCUUCCGACGAAGGCUUCAAGAAGAAGGUUGUCCAGUCCUACGUGGAGGGCCUCUGCUGGGUUCUGCGCUAUUACUACCAAGGCUGCGCCUCCUGGAAGUGGUACUUCCCCUUCCACUACGCCCCCUUUGCCUCCGACUUCAAGGACAUCGAAGGACUGUUCAGCGACUUUGAGCGAGGAACCCAACCGUUCAAGCCGCUGGAGCAGCUGAUGAGCGUGUUUCCUGCCGCCAGUGGCAACUUCCUGCCAGAAACGUGGCGGGAUCUUAUGAGCAAUCCGGAGUCUCCCAUCAUCGAUUUCUACCCCGACGACUUCGCCAUAGACCUGAACGGGAAGAAGUACGCCUGGCAAGGCGUGGCCCUGCUGCCCUUUGUGGACGAGCGGCGCCUGCGAACCACGCUGGCCAACGUCUACCCCGACCUCACGGCCGAAGAAGUGAGGAGAAACAGUCUAGGAAGCGACUUGUUGUUCGUCAGGAGCUCCCACCCGGUGUCGGACUUCAUCCGGGAACUCUACAAUACACAAUGUGAAGAGGACACCACAAUGCCCGCAGAGCUCUGCCACGGAAUCCAAGGUACCUUAUCGCUCGAUGAUGACCCCAUCCUACCAGAAAAGCCGGUGCCGUCACCCAUCCCUAUGCUGCGGGACAUUGCGCACAACAGCACCAUCGGAGUGAAGUUCAAGGAUCCCCAGUUUGACGAGGGCUUUGUGUUCAAGGCUCGGCUCCUCCCCGGAGCAAAGCUUCCCAACAACGUGCUGAAGCCGGGGGACUGGGACAGGCGGGAGAACCAGCCGUGGAGGCCUCAGCUGGGUUUCAACUCCAACCGGCAGCAGGCUCAUUUGGACCAGUCGGGCUUCCGAGCUCUGGGUCACUCGCUCAGAAACCAACAUGGCGGCCAAUACAGCAAUUACCCGCCACCCGACAACUACCACCAGCAAGGAAACUACCGCACGCCCCGCGGCAACAAUAACCAGUCCUACCAACAGUCUAGAUCGUCAUCGUCCUAUGAGCAUCAGCCUCGCUUUCAACGGCAUCAUCCUUACGGAGGUGGCGGCGGCGGUCGUGGUGGUGGUGGCGGCGGCGGUGCUCACGGCUGGGACCGGGCCAUGCAGUCACAGCGGGGAGCCUACCAACAGAACGCCAGCCGGGGUGGCGGCGGGGCUGGACGCGGCGGCGGCGGCUACCAGUCGCACUUCCAGCAGCAAAGAAACGACUGGCAACAGGGCCACAACAGUUCCAACAGAGGCGGCGGUUACCCUGCACCACCUGCAUCCAGAAGAUAUGUCUGGGAAUGAGCUUUUUUUUUUUUUUUUUUUUUCUCAUUCUUUUUAUUCCAAAAUAUACGUGGAACUUUAAGUGAUUGUUGUACUUUUGAGAGAUUCUCCAACAAUGUAUUUUAUUAACUUGUCCAAUAAAAGAACAAGUCAUGUGUUAA